CGAUCUAGAUUCCAGAAGCCACCCAUCCACCCACCCAAGGCACCCACACACAUCUCGGCGGCGUGCGCGAGGCGAUCAGAUUCAGAUCGGAGCACGCCGUCCCGACGAGGUAGGAGGAAGGCCGGCCGGCGACCCGGGGGAAGGAGGAUGGGGAAAACUCCGGUGAGGAUGAAGGCGGUGGUGUACGCGCUGUCGCCGUUCCAGCAGAAGGUGAUGCCGGGGCUGUGGAAGGACAUCACCACCAAGAUCCACCACAAGGUCACCGAGAACUGGAUCUCCGCCACGCUCCUCCUCGGCCCCGUCGUCGGCACCUACCAAUAUGCGAUGUGGUACAAGGAGCAGGAGAAGCUAUCCCACAGAUACUAAAUGAGAGGUCGUCCAAGUUGACUGCCACAGCAGCUGGAUUUUUCGUGAUGGAUUAUAUAGCCUCCAAGCAUGAUUAUAAUUUGUUGGAUGAAUUUUGGUUGUACUCCUUUUCACCUUCCCAUGCAUAUACGACAUGGCGGCCCCUUGCAAACUUGUUUGAGGCUUGCUACAUUUGGUGGCAUCUUCUGUCACUGAUGAUGUCAUUGAAUAAAUCAAAUUAACUGUCUGUUUCAUUUGAUUUCCCCUUUUUGGUGA